AUGCUUGUUAAGAAUCUUCUUCCCGCCUUUGCGGCGAUCGGCUCUGCCGCUGCCCAAGCCGGUGUCUGCAAGGGUACCACCGUCAACAGCCAAGCCGAUGCGAGCCAGCUGGCGAGCUGCAGGACCAUCAAGGGUAACCUGAUUGUCGGCCCUCAGAGCGGCGCUGCCAUCGAUAUCUCGGGUCCGGAGCAAAUCACUGGCGACUUCCGUGUUGAGGACAACGGCCAAAUCACGACCCUGACGAGCACCAGCCUUCAGUCCGUUGGCGGUCAAUUCAGGCUCAACAACGUGACCGGGCUCAACACGGUCGACCUCGGCAAGCUCACCACUGUCCAGUCGAUUUACUGGGUGGCGGCUACUCGGCUGGACACCCUCACUCUCGGCCCAUUGACCAAGGCUGAGACCAUUCGCAUCAGCGACACUUUCCUCAACACGCUGGACGGCUUCGCUCUCAAGUCUGUUGGCAGCUUCAAGAUCGACAACAACCGCCGCCUGCAGAAGUACACCUCGCAGCUCACGGACUUGUCUGAUGAGCUCGUCAUCCAGGCCAACGGUAUUGACCUUGAGGUCGACCUCUCCAACCUCAACUGGAUCGCCAACAUGGCCAUUGCCAACGUCACCAAGUUCUCGGUGCCUUCGCUCCAGGUGGUCAACGGCUCGGCCAAGUUCGACUCCAACUACUUCACCAGCUUCAGCGCCCCCAACCUCACCAAGACCGAGACUGGUGACAUCUCGUUCGUCGGCAACGGUUUCCUCAAGAACAUGACCUUCCCCAAGCUUACCCAGAUUGCCGGUGGUCUCCUCAUCGCCAACAACACCGGUCUUGACCGUAUUACUUUCUUCCCCAAGCUUCAGAAGAUCAGCGGUGCUGUCAAGCUCCGUGGUAACUUCACUGAGAUCCAGUUCCCGUCGCUCAACAACGUCAAGGGUGCUUUUGACGUCUCUUCGACCGCCAACAUCCGCAAGUCCUGCGACAAGCUCUCUGAGUCUGCUCCGCGCAGCCAGGGCGGCAACGGCGACAUUGAGGGUGUCUUCUCCUGCACCGCCGACAACAAGCAGGCCAACGACGACACCGACGGCUCCACUUCCGACUCGGGCAACGUUGACGGCACUGACGGCAGCACCGACGGUGAGAACAGCGCCUCGGGCGUUGUCCUCAACGCCGCGCUCUUCGGCCUUGUCGCUGUCGCUGGUCUGGCUUCGGCUCUCUAA